CUCAAGCCGCGGAGGCUCAUGAACCUCAACGGGCUCAGCGUCGCCAGCGCCGCCAAGAUGUACAACAUGGGCCCGGAAGACAUUUACCUGGUUCACGAUGACCUGGACAAGGCCCUGGGGAAGGUGGCGUUCAAGCAGGGAGGCAGCGCAAGGGGACACAACGGGGUCCGAUCCUGCAUCAGCGCUCUGCACUCCGACGAGAUGACACGGCUCAGGGUCGGCAUCGGGCGGCCGGAGGGCGAAACGACGGUGACCUGCUACGUCCUGGGCCCGUUCAGCAGCAGGGAGCAGGAGGUGCUGCAGCAGGUCCUGGCCCAGGCAGCCGCUUGCCUGCUGGAGCACAUCCUGCAGAGGAGAGCGCCCAGAGGAGAGCCAGGGGACAGGGGGUGACACUAACCCUUGAGGACCUGUGUGGAUGAUGGAUAGGGCACUCUGAGCUCUCCUGGGUGACCGUGGUGCCGAGCAGAGUGGGGUUUGCCAGGCAUCCUGGCAGGACACUAGGACAGUCCCAUUCCAGCCCCAUUCUCUUCACCUGUACGGAUCCAGUCGGCUUCUUUCGCAGCAAACCUCUGCUUUAUAAGGCAGUUUUGCACAGACGUGAAAUAAACCCACAGCCCCAGCUCUGCCCUGCUCCUUU